AUGGCUAAAAAGAACAAGAAGGAUAAGGAAGCAAAGAAAGCUCGUGCCGAGCUUAAGAACAAAAAAAAUCUCGAAAAGGCCGAGGUCAAGGACAAGAAGAGAAGCAAAAAGCUCAAUUCUGAGGACGACGAUGACUUAGACAUUGACGAGAUCCUCGAGAACUUUAGAAAGGAGCAAGAGCUCUUUCAAGAAGUGGUCGUAACUCCCGUGAAAAGGCCUAGCCCGAGAAGUAAUGUGUGUAUGGUGCCAAAUCCGUCGCAUGGAAAGCGCGAACUGCUUAUUUUUGGUGGGGAAUACACCAAUCAAACCUCAUCUACAACAACGUUUUACAAUGAGCUUUUCACCUACUCCUUAGAUACCGAUCAAUGGAAGAAGAUAACUUCCAGGAACGCACCAAUGCCGCGAUCAUCGGCCGCAGCUGCGGGGCACCCAAGCGGCGUAGUAUUAAUUCAUGGCGGUGAGUUUUCGUCUCCCAAACAAAACACGUUUUACCACUAUUCAGAUUCCUGGUUACUGGACUGUUCAAGCAAAGAAUGGACAAAGAUUGACCAAAAAAAUGGACCUAGCGCUCGUUCAGGUCACCGCAUGACCGUCUGGAAGAACUUCUUUGUGAUGCAUGGAGGGUUCAGAGACCUGGGAACAUCAACUACUUACCUUAACGACUGCUGGCUUUUCGACAUUACGACUUACAAGUGGAAGCAAGUUGAAUUUCCACCCAACCAUCCUGUUCCGGACGCUAGAUCGGGACAUUCUUUAAUUCCGACGCAGGAAGGUGCGAUAGUUUGGGGCGGUUACUGCAAAAUAAAAGCUAAGAAGGGUCUUCAAAAAGGUAAAAUCCUAACUGAUUGCUGGUACUUAAGAAUGAAAUCUGAUAUUACAGGAAUUAGAUGGGAAAGACGCAAAAAGCAAGGAUUUCAGCCGUCGCCUAGAGUUGGUUGUUCCAUGGCCCACCACAAAGGCAGAGGGAUUUUGUUUGGAGGUGUAUAUGACUACGAAGAAACCGAAGAAGGAUUGAGCUCCGAGUUUUUCAAUGACUUGCUCUCAUACCAAGUUGAAGCGAACAGAUGGUACUCCAUUAAAAUGAGACCUCAGAAGAAGAAAAUAGUCGCUGCUUCAAAAAGUGCCAAGAGUAAAGAUGAUGAAUUAGUUGGAAUACUAAAUGACAUUCUUCAGAAGGCCAAUUUGGCUGAUGAGGAAAACGAGGAAAACGAAAGCGAUAGCGAAAUCGAAAAAGAGCUGCACAGGCUUGAUGAAGAAGAAUUGUUAGGGCACCAACAAAAACAGUAUCCCGUGGUUGCUCAACUUCCUCACUCACGUUUCAACGCUGCCACCACUGUAGUUGAUGACACCUUGUUUAUAUUUGGCGGAUCUUGGGAAUAUGGCGAGAGAGAUUUCUCAAUUGAUUCUUUCUACAGCAUUGACUUGAAUAGAACUGAUGGUGUUAGAGUAUUCUGGGAGGACCUUGAGGAGAUUGAAAAGGCAAAGGAUCAAGGAUUAGAAGAGGAUGAAGAAGAAGAAGAAGAAGAGGAUGAUGAUGAUGAAGACGAUGAAGAAGAGACUUUGGAUGAAGAACUAAUAGCUGAGAUGGAAGAUGAUAAACAAGAAGAAGAAGAACAAGAAGAAGAAGAAGAAGAAGAAGAGGCGGGGCCAGAAAUUCCUGACCCUAGACCGUGGUUGCCUCACCCCAAAGCGUUUGAAACCCUUCGUGCUUUCUACAUUCGUACAGGCGCCGAGUUUUUGCAAUGGGCGAUUUCAAACAACAGGUCCGCCAAAGGGAAGCACUUGAAAAAACAGUCAUUUGAUCUUUCUCAAGACCGUUGGUGGGAGAGGCGUGAGCAAGUGAGGAUUGAGGAAGAUAAACUUGAAGAGAUGGGUGGAGUCGAAAACAUCAUUGAAAGAGAUUCCUCUCAUUCAACAAAACGAAGAUGA